AUGACACAUUCAGUUGGCAUGAGCUCCUCAGCUACUCCGACCCCUACACGGCAGCCAGCAGCUACGCAUGCCUGCGUCCGAUGCUCUGAACGUAAGGUCAAGUGUGACAAGAAACACCCUUGUACGGCUUGCCUAAGAUUCGACUUUGAAUGUGUCUAUCGCCCACUAGGUCCACGUAAAACAAGAAAACAGUCCACCCCCAACCGGGUCUUGAUUCAACGCCUUAGGAGAUAUGAAUCUAUGCUUCAGGGACAAAGGGUUGACGCUGGUGCAAAUGAUGGAACGCCAACAGCUCGUGGCGAACAUGCGCUGGAGGACGGCAGUCAAUCUCCGGCAGUAAGGGCGUCUCACACGGAGAUUCCGGUGCCGGAAACCGUUUCUGAGCCCGAACAAGUUCCUUCCUCUUCACGACGAGCCUACAAUGCUGGGAGUUUGACUUAUUUGGAGAGUGGUCUCUGGACAAGAGCAGUUGAAGAGUUUCCUAAGCCAAGCAUCACUUUAGAAAACGUGUCUGAUCAGGAAAGCGACAAUGAGAAUAGCGAUGAUUACAAUUACGAUUUCCUGUCGGACUUGGCGGGGGCAACCGACAGCGUCAAUAUGACGCAUCCACCGAAGGCACACAUUCUCGUGCUGUGGCAGACCUUCAGAGACAAUGUCGACCCGGUGGUGAAGAUCGUACAUGCGCCAACAGUGGAGGGACUAAUUCAAUCGGCAAUGGCCAAUCCGGACCGGAUGUCACGGAGUUUCGAGGCCUUGAUGUUUGCUCUCUACAGUCUCGCAGUUUUCACCUUGCGCGACGAGGAAUGCGGGCAGAAGUUUGGCGAGACACGACAAACAUUACUGUCGAGAUACACUGCAGCAACCAGGUUGGCUCUCGGGCGUGCCAAAGUGUUGCGCACUACGAAUGUUGUUGUCCUCCAGGCUUUCAUCUUCCAUCUUUUCUCAAUCCGAGAUACGUGCCAUCCUCGCACCUUGUGUACUCUUACGGGAAUGGCCAUGCGGCUGGCCGAAGGCAUGGGUUUGCACCGUGAUGGACAACUCCUUGGAUUGGCCCCUUUUGAAGUGGAACUCCGCCGGCGAAUCUGGUGGCAAUUGAGUUGGUUCGACUCCAGAACCUCGGAGCUCAUUGGCAUGAGGAAAUUCCAAAACACUACACUGGAUAAAAGAAGUCCUCGUCUUCCAUCAAACAUAGAUGACGAAGCUCUCUUCCCCGGCAUGGAGGAAACUCCAAAAGCGGCGAAUCGUGUGACGACUUUGGCACUUUGUGCGAUUCGCUGGGAAGUUGCGGGCUUUUGGACAAACUAUGUUAGUAUAAGACGUCAACAGGGACUUGAAGAUGGGUUCUGGAGCAACUCUCCAGAGCCAGACAGCAUGAAGGCGAGGGACCACAUCAUCGAUGAACUCGAGGCAACAUUAGAGACCAAAUACAUCCGCUACUGUGAUCCCUUAGAACCAGUCCAGCUCAUGGCUAUGAUGUUCGCCCGGGGGAAUAUUACAACCAUGCGGUUUCUUUCGCACCACCCUCGGAGAUGGGGUUCCUCCAAGGUCCCUGAAUCGGAGACUGACUUUGUUUGGAAAUUAUCUAUCAAGCUCCUCGAUGGACAUAUACAGUUGUAUACGAACCCUCAGCUUCGCGGCUAUACCUGGCAGUCAUCGUUUUAUUUUGCAUGGGAAGCACUGGUCCAUGUUCUUGACACGCUACAUGCUAAUCCUCUCUGUCGGGAACAUGACAAGGCUUGGAGAUUAGUCGGUGCGACCUACGACUGGAAUCCCGACUUUGUGAACAACAGCAAGAUGCCUCUACGCGUGGCAAUAGGUGAUCUCUGCCUGAGAGCACACAAAGCUCGAGAGGUCGCAUUGGAGGAGCAGGGAUUGCCGCUGCCACCGCGACCAUGGUACGUUCUCAAAUUCCAUCAGCAAAGAGAGAAAGCCAAGCUUCGGAAACAGGAUCACGAGAACAGAAGUGCCGACCUUAGCCUGACACGGUCCAUCCACAUGUGCAGUCCAGUUGAUUCAGGUCAAGGAUAUCUGAGUCUGGCAGACAGGGAUGACACUGGCUUGCUGAAAGGUCACGCAGAUCCCCACUAUCCAGAGUCCAGAUCAUUUCAAGCUUUCAGUGGCGAGCAGACACAAUUGUAUUUGGACGACAACGGGUCGUGGCCAGGACAGUGCCUCGAUGGCCAAUCGCACGGGUUUCCACCGGGGCCCACCGAUACCUCCCCUGAUAAUCACAAUUUGUUAUUUGAUCAAGACUACAACCCGGAGAGCUGGAUGAACGAGACGUUAGACUGGACUCAAUGGGAUACUCUGUCUGGGACUGCCGACAUGUUUGGUGGGUAA